CCCGCCUUCCAGGUUGUUUCAGUGGAGAGUUCCCAGCCAGAACGACGCCAUUGCCAUUCAUUGCAGCAACUCUCUCGAGACCAUCCCAGACAACCAACACAACCUCAAGAUACAAUGGCGCCCGCACAACCUGAACUGAAGAAGUACCUCGACAAGAGGCUCUUCGUCCAACUCAACGGCAGCCGCAAGGUCAUUGGUGUUCUCCGUGGCUACGAUGUCUUCUUGAACAUUGUUUUGGACGAUGCUGUUGAGGAGAAGGAUGGUGGUGAGAAGGUCAAGCUUGGCAUGGUGACCAUUCGUGGUAACUCCGUUGUGAUGAUGGAGGCUCUCGAGAGAAUCGGCGGCGAUGAGAGGGGAGGACAGCGCGGCUAAUCAACAAUCAUCUUCUCGCAACACGAUAAAACGACCCUGCGCAUCUACAAACGCCUACAUCAAAAGGCGAGGCAUCGGAAUAAGCGGAUGGCAAUUGACGGGAUUUGACUAUAUACCAAGGCGAUUUACACUUUACGACGACAUCUACAGUGUUCCACGCGGUCUUGGACGGUGAAAAGCUAGGUGGGUUGGCUGGUACGGCGUUCAGUUUCACACGAGGCAUGUAUUCGGGAAAGCUGCAUUAUCUUCAACUUAGAAAGGGAAACAUCUGCGGCGGUGGUCGAAGAAAAGAUACCCAAAGGAUUUUUUUGUUUUUCAUCACGUACAGCUCUUCUCCGACAACAGCUGCUUCCACGUCUUCUCGUCAUAACCGUCCACCAUGCGGUCGCCGUACAUCCGCACCCAGCCUCGAAUCCCGCCCGUCAUGACCUGCGACUGAAGAUCGCCGCCUACUUCGUUGAUAUAGUCUUGCAUCCAGGCGGCACAUCGAGGGCCCCGACCAGCGGAGGAGCCUGGGGGAAGAAGCAUCGGUGUUAGAGAGGGUCGGCGGUAGAGGUACGAGUUCAAAAGAGCAUAGGAUUGAUUGGACUCUGUCCCAAGAGUCAAUGACAGAGAAAGUCAAACACGUACCACAAUAGAAGACCACCUUUUGGAUCCCGGCCUGUUUGCACAAAGCGUACAAGCUCUUGCGCGUGGGGAAGAAGCUGUGGGCGGGCAGGUUGAUUGAUGAGCUGACAGUUCCCCCGGCGCAGUCUGUCCGGCGACAAUCGACAAGCAGCAAUCUGCGCGAUUGGGGCAUGUCAUCGACAUGUUCUUGCUGCUCAAGAAGCUCGAGGACAGUCUGGGGCUCGAUAUGGACCGGCGUCGAAGUUGGCUCUGGAAAUGCUGCCCACCACGGUGUACCAUCCUCGCGCCUAGCCAUGCGCAAGCAGUGUUCGUGAACGUGUAUCGUCAUGUUGAGGCCGUUGCUGAGUUGGUUUCUCAUUGACUGAUUUCUUAGGUUAAGCGGAAGAAAUGUACCGUUGAUGCAUUGUCCGGUAUAUGAAGGGCAGUCAGGGGUAAACUCUUUGUUUGCCACACUGGAUUGGGGCGGCUCUGAGAUCUAGUCACAUCUUUCAGCAAGCCACGCCGCCAAUACUCAUCUCGCGGGACAUGUCCUCGGCAGUCACGUCCUAUCAUAAAUCACUUGUCUCGUACGAUCGGAUCCUCUGAUGCCGUAGAUGGGAUACCGCAUCCGGAGGUAGUCCUUCCUAUCCUAU